GCGACCUCGCCUCUCAUUUCGCCAUCCCCAGUAUCGGGUCAUCCAUCCAUGUUACACCCCACCAACUUGAUUUCGUCACUAUCCAUCAACAUCUUCACCUAUUAUUAUUAUUGAACGAGGAUUAAAAGACAAUAAGCUAACGCAUAUACAACGACUAAACACGACACCACGAAGCCGCAAAAAUGGCACAACCCUCGUCUCCUUCAUCGUUGACCUCACCAACGCGUAGAAGUGUCUGGUCUGCAUAUGCGCGACGUGAAGAAGAUUAUGAAACUCAUGACAUGCGAGGUUUUUCUUUUGGAUCACCGACAAGUACGAGUGGACCAUCGAGGAGUUUGAGUGUCAGUGAUGGUGACGAGGAAGGAAAUGGGGAAAUUGAAGAAGAGGGGCACGGUCAUAGAGGGGAUGGCCACGAAAGAGGAUUUAGAGGAAGGUCCUUGAAAGUGGUAGACACCACGCCCAGGCCGUCGUUCGCAACGGCGACACGCAGUCAUCCAUCGCAAGGCUCGUCGCCAACGAAGCAUCCUUCAAGCUCGCAUUCAUCGUCAAGAUCUCCGCCGAUAGAUGAGGUUGAUGGUUCAGACCACGAUCGUUCCGUUUCUGACGAACAUCAGCAUCCAGAGGAACUAAAUGCCGCAAGUGUAGGCGACGACGGCACUCAUCAUCAUAAUGAAUAUCAUGACCAAGAGCACGAUGACGACGAAUACUACUACGAUUCUUCCGAGGACUGUUCAUACACCUAUUCCGAUGACAGUGGAUCCCUCGACAUUGAGGUAUCGUCGGCUCAAUACGACCUAGAUGGACUCGUAGAAGGACCUGCGAUUAAUCCACGGCUCAUUCCCAGUAUUCAUAGCAGCAGUGGAAGCCGUAGCACGAGCAUUCGGCGGAAAGGCAGUUCUGCAACUGAGAGCCACUGGAGUGGGCGGAGUGGAUAUGGAAGUAUCACCGACAGAAAAGGGAGUGUCGUCAGUGUUUGGUCCUACGUGGCGGGGUCAGGCGUUGAAGGAAGACAGAGCUACUAUUCUUCUGGGGAACUCCCGCCAAGCGACAACGUCAGUGCCACUGGGGAUUCCCAUGAAGAAGACUGGAGACGACUACUGGGACCAGCACCAGUGGCUAACAGCACGCUGCCACUAUCACCAGAUUCGCCGCACUUUACUGUUCCCAACGAACUUAUUGACGACGCCUCCGCGUCAGCUUCUUCUCGUGAAGAUGCCGCGAGCGACUACGAUAUACCUUACAUCACUCAAGAUUUUGAUCAACAACCAGACUUUGUUUCUGUUGCAUCUGGCGCAACUGGCUUUACUUCAAUUUCCUCCCCGACUUCUUCGGCAUCAUAUCCCUCCACCGGGUCAUCGUUAGUUCUACAUUCUUUCAGUGGUUCUUCGGUCUCCGGGUCCGCCUCUGGAUCCGGAUCUUCUAGUACCCAUCACUAUUCCCAAUCGCGGUCGACCAUGGAUUCAUAUGGAUCAAGUGAUAGGCCUCUUCCACUCCCACCAUUUCUGCAACAGCAGCUAAAUCAACAACGGAAGAAGAGUUUGCCAGGAGGUCUAAACCCGAAUCUUUGGGAGCUAACGAACAAAACGGCGUUUUCCAAGUCACCUCUCAGCACUGGAAUUAGAGCAAAAGCAAGGGAACAGCCUCCUAGCAUGAUGAGCGCGUUGUCUACAGGUAGUUUGAGUUCCUCCCUCAAUUUCCCCCAUGACGACUCGUUUGCUCGUGUCCUGAACGCCUGGGGUGGGAAAAGUUACAGAGACUUAAGAAAGGAAUGGGUAUUUCGUAGAGAGCGUUCGGGCAGCUUUGGAAGUUCAACUAGCAGCUCCUCGAGUUCAUCGAGGACAAGUCGUGUCCGUGGUGUUCAACUUGGCAUGGCCGUGCCCUCGCAAGAAAGUUGGAGCAAUUAUUUAUUGGGGAUGUUUGUGGUGAUAAGGGAGGAGAUUGGGCGUGAAGGAGUUGUCGCCGCUUCUUCCUCACCCAAGCCACUGCCAAAAUCGUCCGCAGACAUUCAGAAAUUAGGGUCGAAUAAGGACUUAGACGGCGAAAAUUUGAAAUCCGAAAAGAGUCGGGAGAAGGGCAAAGCAAAGGAAGAAAGCUUGGGUGAGGGUCAAAGCGAGCGGAAAAUGGGCGUAGAUACGGUUUUCGAUUCCCGAAAUAAGCUGAAGUACUCAAAAUCGAAAUCCUCGUCUCAUUCUCAAGCUCCAACGCUUGGCCCCACACCUAAGUCAUCGUCUCAGCUGUACGGUGUUGGCAAGUCACUGCAGCAGAGAAUAGUUAUUCGAAAGCUGAACGACAACGUUCGUCGAAGUGAUCAGACCAAGACUAAGACUGGACUUAAUGCUGUCGGCGCAACAUUCUCAACUCCGACAGAAGACCACACAAUCGCCUCGUCCAGAUCACCUACAUCCACUUCAACUUAUUCGAGUGGCCUUGCCUCUGAAUCUCCCUCCAUUACUGUUUCCCCACCCGAAUCUUCAUCGUCUCAAUCCCCCUUCACAUCUGCACCACAGUCGAUCACCACAUCCUCUUCCAAGGAUGACCUGCCCUCCAAAGAACCUGAAAUGUCGCGUAGUGCAUUGCUCCAUAUCCCUUCACACCCUCUCGGUUACGAUCCUCUUCACCCUGCUGUCAUCGUUCAUAAGCAUUCUAGAGUUGCGGCGUUUUCUGUUAGCCGUCACCAUCGGAGCUCCGGUCGUGCAGGUGCGAGAUCGAGAAUGGUAAUUAUGUUAGCGCAGAAAAGUGUUCAAGAGGCAUUCACUAAUACGGAAACGACGAAGAAGUUCAUGGAAACUGCGUUGUUGAUGAGUUUUGAUGGACCGAAGAAGCGGCGGGAGAAGGAGAGGGCUCAACAAAAGGAGAAGAAUGUGACUGGGUUGGGGAGUGGAAAUGAGAAAGGAAAGAGGAAGGACAAGCAGAGGGAGAAAGAGAAAGAGAAAGGGAAGGAUAAGUACAAGGACAAAAAGGACAAUCUUAGAUUGAAAAUCCGAAGUGAAGGGCAAAUUCACCUUAGUGACGAGGAUGGUGGGAAGAGCUCAAUGAAGUCAGGUGGUAGCAGUCGAUCAAGGCUACAUUUCCCCAAAUCCCCCUCGAAAUCUCUAGGAACCAAGUCAGCUCCUGCAAAUAUCAAUGGCGAGGAUGAACUCGACUUGGAGCAUAGCAAUGCGAUCGUUUCAGGCGACCACAAUUUUCUACAUCGAAGAGCUUCGUCGUCAGUUCUGCCGAGGUCUCCCUCGGCUUCUGUUGGUUUGACAGCUGCUCGGGGUAACCCAUUGGCAACAGAUGAUGGCGAACAGGGAGAGACUGAAAAUGAACACAUUAGCCCUCUUCGCCCCAAGUACAUUCGUGAACAUGACUACUAUAAAGCCUAUGGGACACUCGACAGACAUUCCAGUCUAGAAUCACCCCCACCAACGCGUACUCGCCGAACCUCCAACUCAAGUCUAUUUAAGCGGCUCCUUCCCUGGGCCGAUACGACGAAAGUCAGCAGCGGAAGUGAGCUUACUUCAUCCGUCUCAUCCCAUGCCGUUGUUGGUUCUUCAUCCAGCCUCGGGAUCAUGAACAAUGCAUACGUCCCUCCCUGGAUGACAUUCCUGACGCGGGAGCAGCAAGAGCAGCACAAGAGAGCGGAGUCUGCGAUGGGAACGCUGAAGACGUCGUUCGAGAAUGUCGGCUUGCUACCGACUUUGAGAGAGGGCGGAGACCGAGAGAAGGAGAAACCGAAAGAGAGAGACAAGGAAAAGAAGGAACGAACUUCGCUCAGGAAGCCUGGUGGUAAAGAAAGAGAUAGAGAGAACGACGUGCUCAGCACUGUGCCGCACGAAUCACUCUUCAUGCUGCUUCCCCUUUGGCCUGGGGAAACCGAUGCAUAUUCGCAGCAUUAUUUCCCGUUCGAAAUGCCCCAUGUACCUUCAGAGGAUCGGAUGUUUUUAUUGGUAUACUACAAGGUCUUACCUCGGGAAAUGUCGACCAUGCUGAACCCCAAUCAGCGAAACCCUCAGCCUAUUCUAGACAAGCGCAAUAUCCUUCUUCCCAGCUUUCAUAUCGUUGCACGACAGGUCCCUUACACAGAACUCCAAAACUCUGGUAUACGUCUUCCAGACCAAGGACUUGCAGUGUCGGGGCCCCUGGAACAAGCUUACAAUACUUCUCCGAAACGUCCCAAAGAUGGCUUAUCCUCCGCACCGACUUCAUUACCAUCCCAAUCACGCGUGCCUCUCGCUGGAGUGCCCGUACGUGAUUGUUUGAUGGGUUCGUGCUACUCCCGUGAAACUGGGAUCGAGUUCGAUCCCGAGGCCCUGAUUGAACUAGGGUUGUGUAGUGUGUUGAAGGAGGAUGACAUUCCAGCCACGCUCCCGCCUGGAAUGUGUGAAGAGGAGGUAGAAAGGUCUAUUACGGUCAAGUUGUCUGCAGUUGGAAGUGCGGUGGUGGAAAUGGUCUGGGCGGGUGGUCUGGCGUUGACGAGCUUUGAGCCGGUCGGAGAAGGAAUACGGACGAAAUAACACCGAACGGGGUGGAUUCUUGUUCUUUUUCUUUCCAUAGCACUUUGAUCUUAAUCGCCCUUGUUUAAAUGUUCUGUUUUCGGGGGUCUUUACAUUACAUCUAGUUCUUACACGCGUGGAUUAAUACUUAGAUAUAUAGUUGUUUCUGAUUAUCUCCACUAUUUACCAUCGCACAUUCUUUAUUCUUCGCAUAAUUGUUAUUUUGUCUCAUUGCAUCUUGCCAUGUAGCUGUAUCGAGUACACAUUUUUCUCUUUUCUGUGAUGCAACUCCACUCACACUGUAGGCUGUACUUGAGAGUACAAAGCGACGCGGUGUUACUGUAAUGCCUACUAAGAUACAGUACCUCAAUUCAGAACGAGAGACUGC